CCGGUACGCUCCGGGGACGACACGGUGACGAUAACUUGGUAUUCGCUUUUACUCUUAAAAAAAUAUAUAAAGUCAAAAUGGUUGUGUUUAUUAUUGUAAUAUGUAUAGGAAUUUUCUUAUUUUGCAUUUGAGACACUUCAAAAUGCCUAUAUAGUUGUAUGUAAUCGUUUUACUUGUAAGCCCAAAAAACGUGUUAAAAUAGGCGGUGAACAUGCUGACAAAGAAAAAGAUCCUAGUAGUAGUAUCCUCUUGCUGGCGGAGGAUGAAACUUUCUACAAUUUGACUAUUCGUUAAGCCAGCAUGGCCUAUUACCGCUGCGGCCCCACAGCAAUUGGGAGCAGGGCCUCCUGGUCAGUGUCAUCACCAGUGGAAUCGAAGACCUUCGACCGGCCGCUCAGCGGCAACUACGAUAGGAUCUUCAACGCCUUUGAACGGACCAAUGCUUUUGAAUACGUCCGAAGCACCUUUGAAGGGAAACCGGAGGAGGAUCGGCAAAUCGGCCAUGGAGAUAUAAUCGUAAACCGAAAAAUGUCUAGUAGUUUCGAGAGGGCAGACUGCGCGCUGGCAGCUCAGACGCCGUGUGAGGACGAUGAAGACUUUUAUAGGGAGAAGAUUCUGUACUCGCAGGCGAGACAGCUGUUCCCUUUACAGGAGGAUCUGGCUGAUUGGAUUAAUAAAACUAUCGGCAUCACGUACCUAUCGGGUGAGAAUUUCCUGGACGCGUUAGACAAUGGCGCUGAGCUGUGCCAACUGGCCGUGGUAAUCCACGAGCGGGCGCGAGAGUCUCUGGACCAGGGACUCAUUGUGGGGCCGGUGCCCGCAAUCCGCGGUCGUUGCUGGCAGCGUGCCGCGCGACGCAGUUUCUUCUCUCGGGACAACGCCGAGAACUUUAUAACCUUCUGCCGCGAGCUCGGCGUGCAUGAGAACUUGCUGUUUGAGAGUGAUGACCUUGUGUUACACAACCAGCCCCGCCAAGUGAUCCUGUGCCUUCUAGAAGUAGCCCGACUUGCCACGAAGUUCAAUGUGGAGCCUCCAGGACUGGUGCAGUUGGAAAAGGAGAUCGCGUUAGAGGAGCGAGACUCCGGCCUAGACUCUGCUAUGUCUGGUGCUGCGUGGCAGUUCAGAGAUAAUUCACCCUCACCUAUCAGAGAAAAAUCUAAAUCAGAAGCUUUAACAUCCUCGCCAGAUGAUCCAAAUGAAAGCCAGCAGUCAGUUCCAGACAACGUGGACCUAGAAAGCACCAAGUCUGGGGGUACGGAUAGCAGCACAGACACCGAUGUUCCUCUCAAACCCACCAACGAACUGGAUAAAAGGGUUCAGCUUGUGACGCGACUGAUGGAGCGUGGCUGCAACUGUGGCUCGGGCAAGUGUUCAAAGCUGCUCAAAGUGAAGAAGGUCGGUGAGGGCCGUUACAACAUCGCGGGCAGGAAUGUCUUCAUCCGGUUGCUGAAAGGUCGCCACAUGAUGGUCCGCGUAGGAGGCGGCUGGGAUACACUAGAGCACUUCUUGUCGCGCCAUGAGCCCUGCCAGGUGCGCCUCGUCACUCAAGGCCGCCGGGACGUCCUUCCCGUUAAUCUGCCGCCCACCUCCCCCCGCACUUCACCUUCCCCAGCUAGUAGCAAGACUUCCUUGACCAAGGAGCCAUCAUCAACUGGCAAAACUUCACCCUCACCUGCCAGUAGCAAGGUUUCCUUAAAUAAAGAGUCUUCAAUGGCUGGUACCGUAUCACCAGUAGAUAGCAAAGCUUCUUCUAUAAGUGGCAAAAACUCUCCAGAGCCUGGAGUUAAAUCUCGUAAAGCUGGUGCUUUUUCAACUAAGGAGUCUCCAAGGCCCGGCACAAUAUCACCAGUAGACAGCAAAGCUUCUUCGUUAAGCGGUAAAAUUUCUCCAGAUCUUGCGGUGAACGUAAAAUCUCGCAAAACUAGUGGAAAGAGUUCUCCUUUACGCACUUCAACACCAAUCAAACCAUCACUCAAUAAAAAUAGAUCCGCUCUUACUUUGCCUCUCAAAGAAACGACCGAUAAAACAGCUUUACGUGCAAGAAAACAAUCUGCACCCGCUAGCUUCAGCACCCCAGGGACGCCUACCGGUAGGUCAACUAGAACGCCGCCAGUAGAGUUGCGCAAGUCACUCACUUCGAACGCUUUAUUGAAAACGCCCAAGAAAUCUCGAAGCAUGAGCCUCGCAAAUACACCAGAGAGAAAACCAUUUUGUGGUACUGAUAGGUUGAACCAAAGUAAGAAAAAUAAAAGCUCGGUGCCUACCACUCCUACUGAAACGAUGGCUAGAAAAACACGUAGCCAAAGCCUCGCUUCUACUCCAGUUAAUGAACCUAAAAAGUCCCUAACGAACGGUUACGGCAAGAAGACUCGAAGCAUGAGCUUGGCCGCACCAAUUGAAUUCGGAAAACCAAUUCAUAAAAGUGCUUCGGUUACUGCGACCGGUUUGACGCAAGCGGCCAUAGAGGACAGCAUCAGGCGGUCUUUAGAAGCGAGUAUAGAAGAUCAUACGUCUCCAAAAAAGCCAUUUUUGCAUAUCAAAGCCAAAUACAGAAGUCCCCCGCCAAGGGAGGUUCCUCCCAGAUAAUUAGAACGCGGUUAGAUUCCUCAUUCCACUAGUUUAUUGACAUUAAUAUAACUGCUAGAAUUAUGUAAAGCUGAUCGCACAUUAGUAGGCGCCGCACGCAAAAUAUUUCUUAAAUGCCUCGCACCUUUGGCAACACCGUUCACAACGCUUUAUCUUUUGUACUUCAGGAUCCAGAUUUUCUAAGAUAUUGACAUCGUAACUACACCGAAACAGUAGUUUGGGGUGUCGAUUCGACGUCUUCUUACAAAAAUGCUUUACUGUUAAGUAAAAGUAUUAACGAUCCAAUGUCAAAACCAAAUCAAGCAAUACUUAAAGGGUCGUAAAAACGAUGGAUUUUAACACUCCAUCCAAGGAUCGGAUGGUUUAUGAUUGAAAUAUUAAAGGUAAUCAGAGCCCCGUUAUGCAAAGUUCUUCGUAUGAUACAUGUUCGGGGCUUACAAAUAUGCGAUCAGCUUAAGUCAACGAAGAAGUUCACGGGUUUAACGCUGUGAAAUAUUUAUGGCCCGAUGUGAAAGUUCAAUUACUAGAAGUUAUAAUUUCCUAGUAAUUGUUUAGUUAAGCUUUGUUAGUUAAGUUAAGUCAUCUUUAGCAAUCUCGUAUAUAUCAUCUAUUAUUUUACUUAGUGAGUAGAUGCAAUUAUUAUACAUCCAGCAUUCAUCAAAUACUCCAGGAAUCUUAUCCUCUGUCACAUUCAAAUCGGAUCGUGCAAUUUAUGACGUCAACUUUGAUAGUCUUUGAUGUCACAAAAAACAUUUAACACGCGAUUUCGAUUGAAAUGUCAUUGAGAGUGAGAACCAAGCUAUGGAGGGACUAGUCAUAAUGAAUUUCGUAUGUAAAUUGUAAUUAUAUAAUUAAUUAAUAAUGUUAAUGUAAUUUAAUCAUGAUGAUAAUUUAAUUCACUUCCAUUUUGCAAUAAUUAUUUCAUUUAUUGUUUUUAUAAUUUAUUUAAGAAUUGAUUAAUUUUCAUGUUUUUGUUUAAUUUAAAAAUGUGUGUUGGUACCAUUACGCGUUGUAUAUGUUUGUAUUAUCUUAAGUUUUGACAGAUAUGAUCGAGGCGUUGUCUUUUUAUUUCAAUCUACUACUAUUAUUAUGGAUAAAUUACAGGUUAUAUUCAAAGCCACUUAAUAUCGCUUUUAUGCUUAAGUAUUAUAUUUGAAAUUGUAGUAGGAUUGCUUAAUUAUAACACGCAGACUACAGGAAAAAGAUGGACUCUAAGCGUUCUGCGCUGCAUCGAGAAGAUUCCAAUGUUAUGCAUAAAUCGGUGCAGUCAAAUUUUAAACAAAUAGUACCUACAAUAAUAUAAUAAUAACAAUAAAAAAAAAUCUUUAUUGAUCAAAAAGUAGAAGAACCGUUUACAAUUCCAUUGUAAAUAGAUUUUUUACUGUGCACCUUGCACAGUAAAAUAUGAAGGCAAUAUUAGUGCUUUGGCACUUGUACUAGGGAGGCCUGUAUCACGAGUGCCGUAAACAAUGAGUUCGUUGCUCGAGCUCGUCUCUGCUGAAGAAAGCAAGUACCGUUAGUGUCCAUGUUUUCGUUUAGUCUGUGUAAUAGUUAAUACCUAAUGUAAUUUGUAACGAACUGUGGCUUAAGUACACUAGUGACCUCAGCGGGUACAAAGUUCAAUGUCCAUACAUCAUCUAUUUUGGUACAUCAUUUGUCGAAAGGAUAAAAAAUAUUUUUGCACUUAGAUAGACAAGCACUAGCUAGACUCCGAUAACUUAAAUUUUACAUAAAUUUAAUAGAUAGGUAACGUAGACGAAAAAAUCACCCCUUUAAAACUUCGCAUACUUACAAAAUUCCCGAGACGGAAGUUAAAAAGUUGAGUGUGUGUUUGUGGUAAUGUGGAAACCGUUGUGGCAAUCCCCAUAUUUUAAAUUUUGCCAAAAAAAAAACCGGGACAUCCAAUAGUCUCACAAUACACAUAGGCACCCAAUAAGACUCGAGAUCGAGGUGUACAAAUAUGUUUAAAGAAAGGGGGAAAAAUGGGAGGUUUUUUCCUGGCGCUACAGGAAUUCCCCGGACAAAGACUUCACACGCAACGUGUGUGAAGUCUUUGUCCGCGUUCAAAAUAUAUAAAAGAUGUACUCAAAAAACUUUGAGCGCAUCCACUAUGAACCUUUAACGUUUUAGCGCCGUUUUAUUAUACUAAUUACUUCAACUUUCGUCGUUCUAACUGCCCUCCUAGUACUAAACUUGGUCCUACAGAAGGAACAAGCAGCUGCGUGAAAUUGGUUGUGAUUCAUUCAAUCUAGCUGCAAUUAAUUAUGUCUGAACCUACAAGUUUUCCGUUAAAAGAUCAAUUAGUAGGAUACGUAAUAUAGUACGCGCGGUUCUGGAACAGUAUCUCACAAAUUUAACGUGAGGUCAUUGUGAUAUGAAAAAAAGUUUCAAAUUGGACGUCACGAAAUAAGUAGGUACAUUUUGCUGGUAGUUAGAAUUUCGUAGAGAAUUAAGGCUUUUGCCUUAGGUGUUAGGUACAUAACGAUUAUCGCAGAUCUUGAAUCUAUUGGCGUUACUUACGUACUGCUCUCGCUGCAUCAGUACGAGUAUUCAACCUACCUACCUAUAAGAGUUUGGUGCUAGGAGGUGACGAUAUUUUUUCGUAAAACUCAAUUGAUGGUAUAAUAUUGACAUGAUAUCCAUAAUCUUCCAACCAGUGUGAACAGAGCUUAAGUAAGUCUAAGUGAUAUACAAACAUACUGCCGUUCUGUCGUACUACAAUAUUGUGCCAACAGUUUAUAUUGUGUAAGUUUGGAAAUAAACUUUUUGAUAUCAUUGCA